GCGAUAUCUCCGACAGCACCUAAAGGCACCAACCGACACACUUCGGACACCCCGAAGGUAGAACCAGUGAAGGAAUCCAGAAGUUGUUUCUUGCCAGUUUACAUACCUGAAAGAAGGAGGAGUUGUGAGGUUGUUGGGGGUUUUUUUUAAGAAAAAACAAGGAGGGUUACCUGCCUCAGAAGAUUGAACUCGGUGCCAUAGGAGGAGCCUCCAAUAAGGACAGCAUCAACAUGGACAACAUGACUGUGGAAGAGAUGACCAUGAGGGCCAACCAAGUGACCGAUGAGUCACUGGAAAGCACACGGAGGAUGCUGCAGUUGGCAGAGGAGAGCAGACAGACAGGCGCCGGCACCAUGGAGAUGUUGGACCAACAAGGAGAGCAACUGAAGAAUGUGGAGCAGGGCUUGGAUCAGAUCAACGUGGACAUGAGAAAAGCUGAGAAUAACCUGACUGACCUCUCCAGGUGCUGCGGCCUCUGCGUCUGCCCCUGUGACAGGGUGACAUCUAUCGAGCAUGACUCACGAUACAAGCGUACCUGGGGAGUUGGAGGAAGUGAAAAUGAAAGUGAUGGCAGUGGCUCAAAUGUAGUCCAAAAGCAGCCAUCUGGUGUUCGCAACGGCCAGUCUGGCCAGGUGAAUGCCCCGGCUCAAUCGGGGAAAUACAUCAAGAGAAUAACUAAUGAUGCGCGUGAGGAUGAGAUGGAGGAGAAUCUGGAGGCAGUCGGUGGCAUCAUUGGCAACCUGAAAAAUAUGGCUGUGGAUAUGGGCAGUGAGAUUGACAAGCAGAAUAAACAGAUUGAUCGCAUCACUGACAAGGCGGACAUGAACAAAGUUCGCAUUGAAGAAGCGAACCAGAGAGCCAACAAGCUCCUCAAAUAGACAAGGAACUCUGCUUCUGUCAAUUUCAUCUUUCAACCUUGAGCCUCUGCCACACAUAAACUUGCACAAAUACACACUUUGACUACAAUAAAAAGAAAUCCAGCCUGGAUGAAUGUUUUGCCCAGCAGUGUUUGCCUUUGGUGCACUAAGACGCAAAUAGAAUACAGAAAUUUUUAUAAAUUGGCUGCCACAUACCCUUAAAUGUAUUCAUAGUCGUGCUGAACUUAGAGAAGCAGUGCAGGCAUCAGAAACUGCACCAAAGAGGAAGUGACUGACUGCCUAUCACUGCUGUUUGAUACCAAAUAUGCACCAGGUCUGUUGUAUCAUAUCUCAACAUUCGCAGGAGGGGAAGUAGCACGGGUCAGCUGCUUUUCUUUCUCACUUAUGUCUGGUUGCCUUUCUCUUAAAGGCAAGAGCUAUGAACUGUCUGUGUGUCUGGAGGAGACCUGUCCUUUAAUUAUAUAUAGCACACCAUAAAUUUAUAUAUCACCCCUCUGUUGGUCUUGGCUUGAUAUACAGUAGCUGCAUGUAUUUAAAACAGUCCUUGGUCUGAAACAAAUGCAUAAAUAAGAUUAUUGUAUCCUGUUUAUUAUUCUGAGAUAUGCUUAUUUAAUUAUUCUUUAUCAAGCAGAAAUGACUUGUGAAUAAAGUUCUUUUUUUUUUUGUUA